AUGAAUGAUACUAAAAAAAUUAUAAAUACAGAUGAAAAACUUUCGAAUUUAAAUCACGCUAAAUUUAUUCUUGUUAAAGAAAAUGAAACUUGUCUUGUAUCGAUUAAGAAAUCAGAUGAUUUACAAAUAAUCUAUAAUAAUAAAGAAGAAGAAGAAGAAAAUAAGCAAUAUCAACGAUUUACUAUAUCUGCUACUAUAGCUGAUAUUAAUAAAGAAAAUCAACUUGAUAUUUUACAUCAAUAUCUUCUAUGUUCAAAUGAUUUUGUUCCAUCAACAGAUAUUCAAUUACUAUCUCUUCAAUUAGAAUCAUCGAUUCAAUUUACUGUUAUUGAUCAAAAUUUACCAGUUCUUGUCAUUAUACAAAAUGAUAAAGAAAAUAAAUCAAUUCAAUUUAAUUGUAGACUUUCGAUAACAAUAAAACGUAUUUGUGAAAUUGCAUGUCAACUAUUUAAUAUAAACAACAAGGAUUAUUAUUUCAAUAUGAAUGAUAUAACAUUAAACGAUGAUGAUAUCUCUUUACAAGAUAUUGAUGAAAAUAUGACUCAAAUUCAAUUCCAAAUGAUUUCAAAAACAUCUAUGUAUUGCUCAAUCAUGUAUUCUAAUCAGAACAUUACAUUGCCAUGCAAUGAUGAUACAUCGAUAAUGGCUAUUGUUAAAGAACUAUUUCAGAAAUUACACAUAUCAGAAAAUGAUAUGAAUAUGUAUGAGUUGAUAGCAUUGGAUGAUGAUCAAACACAAAUCAGUUUCGAUUUAUUAAUAGAUGAUAUUCGCCAAUUAUUUCCUAUUGAUUCGACGACAGUAUCACUUCAAUUAAAAAAUAUAAGUGAAUGA